UCCAGCUUCCUCAGCCAAGUGCCGCCUUUCACCACCCUGGCGGCAAAGUCAUCCUUGCUAUUCGUCCGAAGACCCGAGCGGACACGUGUCCCGCUCCCGUCACCCGAGGCUCAGCCCUCACGGCGACGCGGAGGCCCAUAAUGCCUCGCUCCCGCACGUCACUUUCUUCCAGUGCCAAGGGCCGCCCCCUAAAGGUCACGCAGGAGGCUGUGCAGUUCCCGCGCCUGAUAUCCCAGGAAGGCGGCCUCUGGCGGCGCCGGAACUCACUCACACAGUUUGUUCUCCAAAGCACUAAGGCCAAGAGCCAGCAAGAACGAAAAUGCUCUCUAAGGAAAAGAAGAUCAAGGAAGACAGAAACAAAGACUAUAGUAAUGGCAUCAGCGUUCCUGAAGGAAGGAGAGGUGGGAGUUCUUCCCACGGCAAAUUUGACAGGAGGUGCGUUCGUUACGAACGUGGCACGCAUGGGCUUCGGCCUUCGCACUUCGAGGAGGAUGAUGGACACCGGAUGAGGGAUGUGCGCGAGGAUCCCCGAGCAAGGUACAACCCUUAUGCCAGAAGCUGCAACAAGAGGAGACAGAAAUGGAGUGACGCACACCAGUUUCUUGUUACCGUGCGCAGAGACCCACAGUCUCAGGAGAGCGCUCUGGCUGAGGGCACACAGGAGAGAAGCGCGCAGAGCUGGUUCAAGAUCACA